UGGGAAUUGGAUAGAGCAUUCCUCUGGUCGGGAAUGUGAAUUAAAUACCAGCGCCGGGAUGUUUACGGACAAGUUUGCUUUUCGAGUCAAAAGGUGCACGAACGAGCCUCAGACCACGGGCCGUGGAGACGCCAGGCUGCUGCACCUGAUGCCAUGACGCGUCUGAGGAUAUUCCCUUGACAACCGCGGAUCGGAUACCAAUAUUCAGGGAGCGUCAUGCCCAUCACGCUGCUGUGGGCCGUGGAUGUGUACGGCAGGGUGUACAGCCUGUCCACGGCCAGCGGCCGCUGGGAGCGCGCCGACGACAGGCUGCUGGAGCUGAAGCGCGUCACCGCGGGGAAGGGGCGCAGCUGGGGCAUCGGCUGCGAUCACCAUGUUUACCUCAACAUCCUGCCCAGCGAGACCUCCAUCCGCUACCGGGAGGAGACCUAUGAAAACCAGAGAUGGAACCCUGUGGAUGGUUUCACCGAGAUGCUGCUGCCCACCGACCGCUGGCCGUGGAGCGACGUGACGGGGAUGAACUACCAGCCGCUCCACAGCUUCCAGUUGCCUUCCCUCAGCUGGGAGUGGGAGGGAGACUGGUAUGUGGACCAGAGCUGUGGAGGAGAACCCAGUCAGACCGGGGGCUGGGAGUAUGCCGUCGACUUUCCGGCCAACUUCUCCCCAGACAAGAAGUGGAACUCCUGUGUCCGUCGUAGGCGAUGGAUCCGCUACAGGAGAUACACAGCACAGGGCACCUGGGCAAAGAUCCCCCUGGACCACCCCAAGAAACCUCCCCUGCCGCUCUGUGACAUCAGCUGUGGUGGCUGGGAGAUGAGCGACCAGUCGGGGCGGUACCCGUACCUCUGGGGCGUGUCACAGCAAGGACAGGUAUGGUUCAGGGAGGGCAUCCACCCACGGGUCCCAGAGGGCUCCAGCUGGGAGGAGGUGGAGGUUCCUAAGGAGGUGGCCCAGUUAUCAGCCGGUCCUGGAGAUCUGCUGUGGGCCGUGCUGUGGGACGGGAACCUGCUGGUCCGCACCGGCCUCAGUCUGGACAGCCCCACAGGUACGUUGUGGAAAGAGGUGGACUCCCCACAGAAGGAGGUCGAAGCUCUUCAUGUGGCCGUGGGAGUCAGUGUGGUCUGGGUGGUCACCAAGGACUACAAGGUGUGGUUCAGGCGUGGUGUGAACUCCCACAACCCUUGUGGCUCAGGUUGGAUCAGCAUCGGAGGGGAGAUGAUGAUGGUGGACGUAGGACUCAAUGACCAGGUGUGGGCUGUUGGUGAGGACCGGGGGCUGUAUUUCAGAAUGGGUGUUACCCAGUCUGAGCCAAGUGGGAAUGGAUGGAUCCCUGUUUCUGCCCAAUGGGGCAACAGCAAGGAGAUUGCUCCGCCCAGGGAUGACUCUGAGUUUGGUGGCCAGCUGACAGAGGCAUCCCAAGGCUCCGUUCUGAGCUGCACUGACUCAGACUCAGAAUUAGGCCCUGCUGACCCACCAGCAAACCCUACCAACACCCCAGCUCUAGAGGCAGAGGACUCCUCUGUAGUCCCUCUAGGGGCAGAUGACUCACCUACACCACCUCCCAACAUGUCAGAGGACGCCUCCUCAGCUGCCCAAGGGGACUCCCCCAAACCCUUCAUCCCCACCAGUGACAGCUUCAUCACCAGCCUGGUCUCAGACCGGGAGAAAACCCCCACACCCCAACCAUCCAUCACAGAGUUACCCCAAGCAGAGAUUGGAGAGCCCUCAGCCCCAAUACUCCCCACCCUGGAGACCACAGGACAGGACGUCCCAUGGAGUAACGUGGAUCUGGAGGGGGCAGAGGCAGCCCGGAGUGCCCAGGCGAUGGGACCCUCACAGGGUGAUAGCAGCACUGUGGCCACCUAUGCCCUGGGUCUGGAGACUUCUCAGGGGGCCGGGGAAGAGGACGGGCCGGUGUGGACUUGGAUCACCGGCGGAGGCUGCGAUGUGGAUGCAAGCUCCCAAAUCAGCUGGCUCAGCCCCACAGGUCCUCUCACCAGCUCCCUGUCACUGACUCCUGUCCAGUCAGCAGCCUGGAGCGAACAGCAGCAGCAGCAGGAGCACAGAGAGGAGAUCAACAAGAAACCGCUGGAGAGGAGCAACUCGGUGUGGGUGCGCAAGGGUGCGCUGCGCUGGUGGAGAGACUGGAAACCUCAACGCUGGGUGGAUGUGGGCGUUGCCCUGGAGCAGUCCACCAACUCUGCUGGCAAGAAAGACAGCAUUUUCUUCGUCUACUACACACAGUAUGACGAAAGGAAGUACAUUCAUGUGUUUGUUAAUGAGAUGACGGCGCUGGUUCCAGUGCUCAGGGACUGCCACUAUGCCUUUGCUGUGUAUACAACCCAAAGGACCAGACAGAGGUGGCCCCUGGUCCUGGCAGCACAAACUGAGAAGGACAUGAAUGACUGGCUGUCCCUGUUGUCUGACUGUUGCUGUGAGUGCCGAGGGAUCAAAGGUCCCCCGUCCAGGCAGGCCAUGUGGUCCACCACCUCUAAAGGAGACAUCAUGGUCCAUGAGCCCUCCUUCUCCCUUGAGGCUCCCACACACACACUGGCCUGUGAUCUCAUGUACUGGCGGCAGGUCCCUGGCCACCUGCGCUGUGUAGAGUCUAACAGUCUGGGGCUGGUGUGGGGCAUCGGGUGGGACGGCACCGCCUGGGUCUACAGUGGGCGCAAUGGGCAGCAGCCCGUCCCGGGAGAUGCAGGUCAGCUGCACACACAGACGGAUGUCAGGAGUGUGCAUGUGUAUGAGAACCAGAGAUGGAACCCAAUGACUGGAUAUACUGACAAAGGUCUCCCUACAGACCGCCCGAUGUGGAGUGACGAGAGCGGGCUGAAGGAGUGCACAAAAGGAAACACACACCCGCCCUCCCCUCAGUGGUCCUGGGUGACAGAGUGGGCUGUGGACUACAACGUCCCUGGAGGGACUGACAAAGAAGGCUGGCAGUACGCUGCAGACUUCCCCGUGACAUUCCACGGCCACAAGACCAUGAAAGACUUCGUCAGACGCAGACGAUGGACUAGGAAGUGUAAAAUCACACCGAGAGCUCCAUGGCUGCAGGUCCCACCCAUCCCUCUGAGUGACAUCUCCGUGAUGCCAUGCUUGGCCCAGAGCAGGAUGGAGCAGGUCCCUGUCUGGGCCAUCAGCGACAAGGGGGACGUCCUGUGCCGGCUGGGGGUCAGCCCCGAAAACCCUGCAGGCAGCUCAUGGCUCCACGUCGGCACCGACCAGCCCUUUAAGUCUAUCUCCAUCGGCGGAGCCAGCCAGGUCUGGGCCAUCGCUAAAGACGGAGCUGUUUUCUACAGAGGAUCCGUGUCUCCACAAAACCCUGCAGGAGAGUGCUGGUACCACAUCCCCUCUCCCCCCCGGCAGACCCUCAAACAGCUGUCUGUAGGGAGGACCUCUGUCUUCGCUGUGGAUGAAAACAGUAACCUGUGGUACAGACAGGGCUUAACCCCCAGCUACCCUCAGGGCUCGGCCUGGGAGCUCAUCUCCAACAACGUCACCAAGGUUUCUGUGGGGCCGCUGGACCAGGUGUGGAUCGUCGCUGAAGGGGUUCCAGGUUUCCCCAGUGAGACGUCUGGAGCCGUCUGCCACAGGCUGGGAGUGGGGCCCAUGCAACCCAAGGGCCAGUCCUGGGACUAUGGCAUAGGGGGAGGAUGGGAGCACAUAAGUGUGAGGGGGAACUCGACAGAAGCUCCUCGCCCCGCCCACCCUGCCCCUGCUGGCCUGCCCCGCAGCCCCGUCCCUCCCAGGCAACAGCCACAAGCAAAUGGGAACAUUGUGGGUGUGUAGCACCCGUCUCCCAUCUCCUCUGCUCUGCUCCCCCUCCCCGGUUGUGUCUGCCUCCAUGUCUGUCUCCUCGGGCCUCCUCCCCUCCCCCAAGCCCAUAUCCCUUCAUGUAAAGGGAAUGCACAAACAUACAGCUGACUUGAUAUAUUUUUGGUUGGAUUUGGCAUACAAAUGCUACUCCCUGGCUUGAGGUCAUGUUAAAAUGAAUAUGCAGUGACGAGAGAAGAGGGAAGAGGGAGCUCUAGAGCAUUUUAACAGAACGGAUGUUGGUUUAUGGUGGGAUUGAAUUUAAAAAAGUGACGGUGCAUGUGUUUGCUCUCAUUAGGCUUUGCUAUCGGGUGUCUUUGGGAUCUAGCAAUAGCUUUUAUUUGUCAGCACAACAUUAAAACCUAACAACAGUCAGACUUCGGUAAAGGGCUUGGCUUGGGUACCAAACUGACACUAGUCUUGGUUUGUAUAAUACUGUUUGUUGUUUUGUUUUGUUUUGUUUUUGUUUUCUCUUUGAUUUGCGUUAUUGACAUGACUUUUCAUCUGCAUGUGAUUUGAAUUAUUUAUUUAUUUAUUUAUUUAUUCAUUGUUUGUGUAUUUAUUUUGGAUUUUUGUCUCUCCAUAUGUUUUGGCCUGUUACAUGUUUGAGCUGGAGUGUUUUUUCUCCUGUAUUUUUAAGAUAAGCAUUCCUAAUGCGUGGGCUUCCACAACAGAUUGGCAAAAAUUUGUUGUUAUUGAUACUGUCUUGAAAUGUAUUACUCUUUUAUUACAAAUGACAGCAGAGGAAAACAUGAAAAAACCCAACUGCAAUUCAUUGUCCACCAGACAGCACCUGUUGUCCUCCUGCAAUAAGAAGUUUCUCCUGUUAGUUUAGUGCUUUGGCCCUGCGAUAACCAAGACUGUUGACACCGAGCACUGCAGGACUGAACUGUCUCCAUGACUUGACAUCCCUCUAAAAAGGGCAUUGAACUGUGAAAUAAAACUUUCAACCUUC